GAAAGGCGCAGCUGCUACGAUUUCUCGAGGACUCAGUAUCAUUCUCGACGGCGUCCCUCGUUUAUCGCAACAUCAGCGUGUUUUGGCACUGGGCUCACGAGAUAGGGCUUCAAGUGCGCCCAUCCUAACCGAACCGUAUACGAAGGAGUACAACCGAAAUGAGCAAGCGGAGACGUGGCAACGAGGAGCGGCCUCUGCGGGACGUUUUCAGUGCUGGGCGCACUGGCCUCCCUGCGGAGAAGACGUCCGAGAUGCCUACCGCAACUUCAGACCCCAAUGUUCCCGAACAUAACACGCUCUCUGCAAAACUGGUGACGCACAUCCAGGACGCGCCAUUGGACCUUGCAGAGCCUGAUAAGAGUGCGUUGCAGUGUAGUCCUUCGCAGUCCAAAGUGAUGCCCCAGUCCGCACCCAACUUGGUAGUUUCUCAGAGCGUAUUCUCGGACCGGCGAGGUCUCAUAGCGGCCGACCAUGAGAAAGACUGCACUCCUUCAAAGUAUACGGACCAGACCAAGCCUGUGACUUCAGGCGUGCAGGUUGCACGCGGGCGCAAACGAAGCUCGCUAGUAGGUAAACCGGCAGAGCCAGUUCAAGACAAGCCACCGGUCCUCGGAGAUCCUGUCAAGAAAGUGCCACCGCACAGCCUUUCGGGAUACGACGAAUUAUCGAAGCCCAGAUUUUCUACAGGCGUUGUCAAGGAUGAUUCUGCCGGCCAUCAAAACCUCUCAGCUGACAGAGAGGAAAUAUUCGUUCAUCCCGGCUCAGCCGACCUGGCUGCUCCGAUGACCAAUGGUACGCGAGACUUGCACGAGACUGAGCGAGACCCGCAAGUACCAAAGUUGUUAGAAUCUGUCAGAGACAUGCCGCCUGUUCUAGAAGAGCCGAUGAACAAGGUAUCUGGGCGUUCUAUUGCCCAGGACAACGUACUACCGAAGCCCGGGCAUUCGGGCGUUUCCGAAAGCGAUUCUCCCGGCCUAAAGUCUCCCUUAGGUGGCAAAGAGACCUCAGUUUGUCCGGGUUCCGUCUACCUGGUCCCAUCGAUGACCAGUCUGUCGCGGGAAGUGCAAGGCACUCAGUUACAGGGUCCUAAGCUGCUAGAGCCCGCCAUCGACAUGUCGCCUCUCCUAGGACAGCCAACGAGGAAGGCGUCCGGGAGCUCUAGCGGACCGCGGGACAGCGAACUAGCGUUGCCCAGACGUUUUUCUGGCCCUCCCAAAAGCGAUUCUCCCGAGCGGCAAUCUUUCCUAGACGGCAAGGAGAAGACCUGCGUUCGCCCGGGGCUCGUCGACUUGGCGGCACCGACGAUCAGUGGCACUCAACUGCACGGAACUGAACAAGGCUCGCAAGUUCCGAGGCUGUUGCAGCCUGCUAUGGAUAUGUCGCCGGUACCCGAAGAGCCUGUCAAGAGGGCAUCCCAGUGCAGUCUCAGCCAGGGCAAGGGGAUACUCAAGCCGAGACGCUCGUCGGGACUUACAAAGGGCGACGCUCCCUACCAGCAGUGUCCCGUGGCCGUCAACCAGGACGACGCCGGGUCCCAUGCCAGGCCCAUCCCGAAGGCCGCACUGGGGCCGCACGGAAAGCUUCAGGAGCUAGAAUGUAGUCCGCGGACCAGUGACCCGUUGCCAGCCACUCUCAAUGCCUCGAAUUCAUUGCUGGUCUGCAAGAACAAACAAGUUUCCAUCGAUCCUAUCGCAUCCUUCGACCUCUUCACCCCUACACUGACACCUCCCGCAAUGAUCACAUCACCUCAGGGUGCUUCCUGUACAGAGUGGGGCUCUGCCGCUUCGGACCUGCAUAGGCGCUUGAGUGACAUGCCCACAAAAAGCUCUUCGAUCCAGCCACAGUUCGGGUCGGGAAUGAGUGCUGAGCAGAACCCAGCCGACCUCGACUCCACAGCAAGCAAGCCAUGGAUUAGGCGACAGGCAUUGGCAGUCCGAAGUGCUGUCAUGUCUCGGCCCCCUUGGGCAUCCCCGGACAGACUGCGCUUCCAUGUUCCGCAUAUCGUGUGGUCUCCGGUCAAGAGCCUACCAGGCAAACAGUCCCCGACGCGGCCAAGAACGACUCCGCCGACGCAGAAAGUGGGUUCUUCCAUGUUGUCGUGGCCACUGCGGCUGAAACACCGAUUCCCGCGCCUGGUGAUGGCGGCCAUCAUGGUGCCCGUGCUGGCACUGUUCGCCACGCUGCUGCUGUUCAUGGCCAACCGAGUGCCGAACCCCAAAGUCGUGGACCGCGACGUGUGUCGCACCAGCGACUGCGUCCAACACGCGCAGGAAAUCCUGCGCCGAAUGAACCCCUCGGCGAACCCUUGCCACGAUUUCCAUGGUUACGUGUGCGGCUCGACCGGGACAGCCAGGUACGUAUUCAACCAGCCUCGACCGGUGAGGAUCGCCCGCGAGCAAGGCCGCGAACUGGUGGCCGCGCUCAACCACUCGGCCACCACCUUCUCGCUCGCGUCCACGUCUGCGGCAGCCGUCAAGGCACUGAGGGCCCUGCACGCCUGUCUCGAGCGCCGAACUACGGACGCGGCCGGGCUUUUCGCGGAUUUCAUGCGUGAGCGGGGAAUCCCCUGGCCGGCGCCAUCGUCCGGCACACUGCUCAAGCGCGUGCAAGUCCUGGACGUCAUCAUGGACCUGGUCGUCAGCUGGCGCGCCGCGCUCUGGUUCGACGUGCGCGUGGAGUACAGCGGGCUGGACGGGAGCCCCGUGGUCGCCAUUGGCGAGGCUGGACCCUUGGCUCUCUACCGCAUGGAGCAGCUGUCCGACCUGGACGAACAUGCGUGCGCAGAGACCGUGCGCGCUAUGGCAGCUUUCCUUGCGGGCGGCCAGACGAACCUCACGGACGCCGAUGUACACCAGCUUCUCUCGGACGAGUCGCCAAUCAGAAAGGCCCUGCUGUCUCCCGAAGACCCCGACGAUUACGACUCGACGAUCUCUGCAGGCGCGCUCUACGAGCAGCUCAGAGGGAGCGUCCUCAAUGACGUCACCAUCGGCGAGUGGGCGGCUUUCCUCGAGAGGCACAUGAACUUCAACUUGUCGUCCGACCCCAGGGUCCUGUUGACCAACGAGCGCCGGUUACAGGCAGUGGCGAGCCUCUUUGGCAACUUGCCGCCCUCCCGACUACUGGACGUCAUCGGAUGGACGCUGGCCUACACGUACGCCUGGACGGUCAAUCCUGCACUGGACGUCAUCGGCGCGAGGAAUGGCUCGGCGGCCGACGACCACCUCACCACGCUCGUCCUGUGCUUCCUUACUGUGCACGAGUCGUACGGCAUUGCUCAGGUGGCGCCGUUCUUCCCGGACGUGUUCCCGACCGAGCAGCGCGUCGCUGUGGAAGCCGUGGUGACGCGGACGGCAGAGGCGCUGACCGGCCUGCUGCGUUCUUCGGGCCGCCUCGCCGACCGGACCAUGGCACAGGCGGCCAUGAAGAUCGAAGAACAAUCUGCCAUGCACCCGUGGCCGCUCAAGGCAUUCUUGCGCCUCGAGAUUCUGGACCUGCUGUACAGUGAGUUCCCAUUGGAAAGUGCGUCGUUUUUCGCCACGUGGGUGGAAUCUCGCAAGGCGCUCAAGAAUUCUCUUCACAACCGCUACUACGGGGCAUUCAUGCUGGUCAGGUACCGGUGGCGUCACUCGCGAGUUCAGUACCUGUACUCGCUCAACCAGUUGCGCCUUGGCCUCGCCAUUGUGUUCCCGCCGUCACAUCUACGUCACGGAUCUCAGAGCAUGACGUACGCGGGACUGGGCUUCCAGCUGGCGCGUCAGCUGGUGCGAAUCGUGGACAAGCGCGGACGCACGCUGGACUACGACGGCCGUCCGUUCUCCUGGUGGCAUGAAAUCGCCGGUGUUGAAAUACGAGUAUACACUAUGGAGCAGUCUUCCCGUCUCGCAGCACCCCGAGUGCCGCCUGUCGACUGCGACCAGCCCGCAAGAGCGUCGCGCCGUAGCCGACCUGUUCGGCCUGGACGUCGCCCUGGCGGCCAUGGAAGACGCCGCCAGGGGGAGCCCCUCUCCGCUCAGGCUCCAGCACCUGGAAGCGAUGAACGCGGCGCAGACGUUCUACGUCAGCUAUUGCAGCCACUUCUGCGACCGCCAGCCGCUCCAUCACGCCCGCUCCAUGUGCAAUCUGGCCAUCAACGGCUCCGGAUUCGGCACCGCCUUCAGCUGCCAAGCAUCUCUUGGCAACGCUCGACAGUGUCUGUUCGUCUGAUUCGUUCGGCCGUUACGGCGCGCCAAACUGUUAGGUCAUUGCGAGUGUCUUUAUAACGCAGCAGCUGCAGUAUUUGUGGACUCGGGCUAACGCGGUUAUACGAGGCGGAUUUUGAUGCGGUGCUAUGCCUGUUCAAGUUUGGCCUCGUGCUUCGCUUGGACUCUGAGUCAUGUUGCGUUAUGUGAACUCUGAAAUUGCUAUCUAGCCACUUGCGCGUACCUAUAUUGACGGAAGCGUACAAAUGUCUCGCGUUUUAAUCGCACAAUCGCUCACCAGCAUUGCUUAUCGUCACUUAAUCAGCUAACUUAACGGCUUCUGAAUCGUUCUUCGCACUAUUGUUUGCUAAGAGCAUAAGUCAUAACUGUAUGUGAUGUAUGAUGUUCGUUUUACUUUACACUUGUUCGUUUAUUCUCCAUGAAGUAGCAGAACGCUUUCACAGCGUCGUUGAUAUUUAUGUCAUGUGAAAAGACAGUAUUUUUUCACUGCUGUGUUCAAGGCUUAUCUUUUCCUAAAUAUUUGUGAGAAAAGCACGUUUCUCUUUUAGCCCAGAGUGCCGCUCCUUAUUCUCCAGUUAAUAGCGCUGUCACAUUUCGCGCUAAAAUUGUCAAGGUGAAACUAUGCCAAAGGUUAUUUGUGACAUCAUGCGUCGACAUGCAGAGCCCAGUGCACUGAGCACGGAAAAAAUACUGGAGUGCGUACUAAUACAAACCUGCGCGUUUUGUGUGCUUUACUGGAUCGUAUGAAAAUUUCGAAGUCGACCGGAAAGCCUGAUAUCAGCACCAUGACAAGGUUACGGAAAGCCAUAAUAUGCACUGACCUUACUAGAAACCAAAAAAAGACAGCGUUCAAGCUUACAGGAGCUGUAUUUUUACACUGUUCGUCGUUGACCCCUAUGAUUGCUCGAUACAGCGCUAGUGUAAAAUCCGGUGUAGACGUCGUCUACAGCGCCGAUGCAUUCGGUUGUCUCUGAGAUCUGUUAACACUGCCUCUGGUGCAACACUUCUGCAUCAGCAUCGGCGCCGCAGCAAGCAGCACUCAUUGCAGUUACGUAAUAGGUCCAGUAGUAAAAAUACGGUCUACACAUUUGUUGUGCUUCUUUGACAGCCAGAUUCGUUUGUAAUUCACUAUAUCUAGUUUUAUGUAGUUCUUAAUGGUAUUCUCGCGUUAAUGGGGCCGGCAUAUUCCUGCACUUUUUGCCGUGGUAUCUAACUAGAAUAGCAUUUUAUGUGAAAUCAAAUCAUGUUCCUCGCUGCGUUCAUUCUCUUUUUUACUAAAAGAAUUCUUGUUAGAAAGUAUACCUGGAUAAUUGUUAAAGCGCAUCUUAUUGUUCUUUUAGUACAACGUAUGUUAUGUUUGUUAGUUUCUGCUAUUUUGUCUUUCUUUUAAUUCUGCGAAUCUUGUUUGCUAUAUAAAAUGUCCUGUUUAAGUAGUGUAUGAUGUCUAUAAGCACAUGACUGCUGCGUGUUACAAGUUUAACAUUAUUUAUAUUUCUAUAGGGUGUCUCCCUGAUAGUUUUUUAACAUUGGGACACUCUAUUUUGCCACUUCUUUUUGUACUUGCGCAUAUGUACAACCUUCCUGUAAUAAAUCUGAAUUAUAAAUCUCCUUUAUUAACUAGCGCAACUGUUUGCAGACGAACGCAGCGCCGCUCUGGUGGAGACAAACCGCAACAGUAUAUGUGGAAGCUUCCGAAGCUUUCCUCUGUCUCGGAUCUGAUUAAAACAAUGUGGGAGCGCUCCCAUCUGGCAGUUGCUUAAGUUAGUUGGAAUUUACUGCAGGUAUUAAAAAAAACGUUAAACUCUAGUAAAUAUUGAGGACGCACGAUAAAACAUGCCAUUUUUUACCCUACAAAUACAAUCAAACUGAAACACUUCGGGACACGAGCGUUUUUGCAUUCUUGCCUCCAUCUAUAUGUCGCCGCAGGGACAGGAAUUCGAACACGCGACCUCGUACUGAGCCCCAGAAUGGCCCGUCCACCGACUCGUGUAGUUUGAUUUAGGUUCACCUUUUAAAGAGGCCCAGUUCGAAAUUUCAAUCCGGAGCCUCCAGCACGGCGCGCCCAGAAGCCACUGUGCACUUACGAGACAUCAAAGCUAUAGAGUUUUGAACAUUUCAGUAAAAUUGACAAAAUGACUAAAGACGUGCAACUAAAAACAGAAACAAAGAGGCGUAUCGUAAUUCUACGACGUCAUUGUUAAAAGGAAGUUUUAGAUUUGUGAUACGAUUUGCGAUUUUGGAUUCCGCUCUGCGUCUGAAGCAGACCGCAUUCAGACAGUAUGUAUCUCUUAAGUAUACGAACACGUUGUGAAUAACAAGUUCGCAAAACUGAUGUAAAAAUAGUAUUUGCUCGCGAAGUAUAAAAACGAAGAAAUAAAUUUGCUCUCUUUUACACACAUUUAAGUAAUACAGUUUGGCGAAUUGCGGUACCUGUUAUUACCGCCGAGUUAGGGUUUUGUAAGCCAAGCGAGCAAAAAAAAAAAGAAAAA